AUGAUCAGAAAAGUUGCUGUCAUUGGAGGGGGACCGGCUGGUAUAGUCACAGUGUACAAUUCGAUCAAAGCUAACGAAAAGUCAGAUUUCCCCAUCGAAUGUAUUGGAUUUGAGGCUAAAGGAAAGCUGGGUGGUGUUUGGAGCGAUACUCCUGGAGAGUCAUUUGAAGACUAUCCAACAACAUUUCAAAGAUUGGCUUCCUUGAAUGAUGAAAAGUUUGCGACCAGUGAUCGCGAUCUUUUUUAUUCCAAAUCACCCCUCGUUGCUCCAAAUGGACAUACGAUCAAUUUGAAGGGGCUAUCAGAUACCUCUCACUCCAGACCAUUAAAACUGGCUAGGGAGAGCGACCUUCCUAGAGAUGGACUCUUCUUCACAACAAAGACUGGUUUGUACGACAACUUUUUCGGCAAUGUCCCAGACGAGUUAAUGCGAUUCGAGGAUACAUCUGUGCACGAUCCGCAAUAUGAUGCACAAAACUCCUCCUUGUCCCCACUUAUAGAUCUGGCAAGAAUUCAACAGCAUCUCCACAGGUUCAUAAAUCAAAACAAGUUGAAAAACAGCUUUCGAUUGUAUACGAGCGUGGAAUAUGUAGACAAGCUGGGAGCCGACAGUUGGAUUAUAGUCGCUAAGAGAUCUCUUCCAGAAAAUAAUCAUGAUGAAUGGUAUCUAGAAAGGUUUGACGCUGUAGUAAUUUGCACAGGGCAUUUUCAGAUGCCUUACGUUCCAUUCUAUAUGAGCCGUCCUAAUGAAAAAAGUACCAGCGGUACUGGUAUUCAUCAGUAUAACUGUAAAUUUCCCGGAAACCUCGUUCACGUCAGGGACAUCGAUUCAUGGAACCAUAGGACCUUGCCACACUUCAAAGAGAAGGCAAAAUACAAGCGGAUUUUGAUUGUUGGUAAAAGUUUCAGUUGCAUGGACGUUCUCAAAAAGAUCAUAAAUCUCAGAGACUCAGUUGGUUUGGAAAUAGUUAUAUCUACAGAUAUACCACCUUCUCCUGAAAAUAAACAGAAUCCAUUCUACUGGUUCGAUGUUUGGCUUUCUCAAACGGAUAAAGUUAUACUGAAGCCACAGAUUUCCAAAUUUAUGAGCGAUACUCCAUCACCUACUGUACAAUUCGUCGACGGAACCGAACUACAAGGCAUAGAUAACAUAAUAUUUGCCACGGGGUAUCUAUUUAGCUUUCCCUUUUUAUCGAGCGCUUUACUAGAUAACUGUAAGGUACUCAUAACGCCUGAUCCAAGAAACCUGGAUGGCAUGCCUUCAAAUAUCUCGAGAAUCACCGGCCUGUAUUUGCACACCUUUUCAAUUGCCGAACCUACGCUUGCUUUCUGCGGGGUGUCAAGUAAUGCGAACUUCCAAUCGUUUCACAUAUCUGCGAAGGCUAUUAUUGGUGCUUUUACGAAAUUCAAUAAACUAUCCUAUGAACAGAAACCGCAGGACUACCCAUACUACGAUUCAAUUUGGAGGCAGAUUUUACCACCCAUCGACAAACAACUGGAAUGGUCUAGGAAUAGGCUUUCUCAGACAGGCAAUAAUGGCUCUUUCCAUUUCUACUACCCCUUGCCUUCCUUAUUAAAAGACUGGCUACAGCCGUGCAGUCUAUUAUUUCCAGAAGGCGAUAAUGCUGCAAAAUUAUUCCCUACAGAUUCUCAGCAAUUAUCAAUCAAGGGAAUUGAAAAGCUACGUGAUAUAUUUCUCGAAGUCAUGGAGUAA